GAAUAAAUCACCUACACAAAAAAUACACAUUAAAAAAUCAUGAGUUAUAAUUGAAUUACACAAUAAUUUACCUAACAUUGUACUUACCUUGAAAACACCAACAAUACUUUACCUGAAAUUGUACUUACCUUGCAAAAAAAUAGAUACUCACCUGAACAUACACUUACCUUGCUACGAAACGUCAACAUGCCAUAAAAACACACGAAACCACUACACUGAAAGACACGAAACUGAAAAGUAAAAUCGAAACAGUACACGAGGCACAGUUUUGUAAAGUGGACAGAAAGGCAAAGGACGGAACAAAGUGCGAUUUGUGGUUCGCGAAUAAAACCACUUCCCAUUUCCUGUAAAAGAGGAAAUUUAUCCGGUCCAGCAGCCGAUAUUCACGGAUUACCAUCCGGCCCAGCAGCCUAUCGUUCCACUGGCCACGAUCCGGUCCAGCAGCCGAGAAUUAAAAGGCCUUUGCGAUUUUAGUCGCCGUCAUCAUCACCAUAUUCAGCACUGCUGAAGUGCGAAACAUCGUGCGGUCAUCGUCAUCGUCGUCAGCAUAGCUGAUUAGCUAACAUUCGGCAGUCGUCAUCGAUAUCAUCACCGUAAGUUUGCUGACUUGCUAACAUCACCGUCAUCAUCGUCAGCAUCGCUGUUAGGCUAACAGUAUCCACAUUGGAAAGACCGUGUGCAUUCUCGACGUGCAUCUAAAAGUGAGGUUAGAGUAAGGUGGUUCAUCACAUGCAGGACAUGCAACGUUCGGUCCAGGAUCUUUGGCGCUCUUGGUCGAGGGACUACGUUAGCCAACUACAUCAGCGCAGUAAGUGGAGGCGACCAACUUCGGACGUUAAGCAAGGUCAACUGGUGCUUCUAAAGCUCGACAACUACCCUCCGCUUCAAUGGCCUCUCGGUCGUGUCAUCCAAACCGUCACCGGUUCCGACGGACGAGUACGCGUUGUGGUGGUCAAAACGGCGUCUGGCGAAUACAAGCGAGCGAUCACGGAGGUCGCAGUUUUACCAAUCGAGUCCAACGAAGGCGAGGGUUCAUCAGCAUCAUCAUCUAACGACGAGGUGGUCGGUUGAAACGGUCGGUUUCAACGGCGGCCGGCAUGUUGCGGAAUAAAUCACCUACACAAAAAAUACACAUUAAAAAAUCAUGAGUUAUAAUUGAAUUACACAAUAAUUUACCUAACAUUGUACUUACCUUGAAAACACCAACAAUACUUUACCUGAAAUUGUACUUACCUUGCAAAAAAAUAGAUACUCACCUGAACAUACACUUACCUUGCUACGAAACGUCAACAUGCCAUAAAAACACACGAAACCACUACACUGAAAGACACGAAACUGAAAAGUAAAAUCGAAACAGUACACGAGGCACAGUUUUGUAAAGUGGACAGAAAGGCAAAGGACGGAACAAAGUGCGAUUUGUGGUUCGCGAAUAAAACCACUUCCCAUUUCCUGUAAAAGAGGUAAGAAAUUCAGUUUAAUAUAGUCGGUCAAAC